AUGGCAAGCACACCUUCCAUCCGCAUCGAGGUAGGAAACAUUUCGCUUUACAUCUGGUAUCUCGUUGACUCAAAUCGAUCAGUGGUCAGGUCCCCAUCCGAAGCAUCAGCCGCUGACUACGUCGUGUGCGCCCACAAGGCCAUUGAUCAGGAGGAUGUGGUAGUGCAAUUACAGCCAGUGGUGGAUCAGAGUCGGACGACAAUCGUGAUAAUACAAAAUGGAGUCGGUAAUGAGGAGGCCUUCAGGAAGCGAUUCCCGGCAAGCUCCAUUUUAACUUGUGUGACCUGGGUGGGAGCGACACAAAUUAGCCCCGGCAUCGUUAAGCACACCAAGUCCGAGGAUAUGCAGAUCGGCCUUUUCCCCCAUGGACAGGCCGAAAGGGUGACGGAUCAGCAAAACCUCGAUAUUUUCGCUGAGUUGCUCCAGAAUGGCCAAACUCGUUUCCAGAUUCUUGAAGAUAUCCAACAAAAGCGAUGGGAGAAGGUUGUAUGGAACGCGGCAUGGAACUCUCUCACUGCGUUGACGAUGGUAGACACUCAGACGUGGCUACACUCCUCAGAAUACGCCGAGCCCUUCACUCGGGAGUUGAUGCGUGAAGUCAUCGACAUUGCUCGCGGUUGUGGCGUUGCUUUAACAGAUGAGCUCCCUGAGCAACUGAUCGGAAAGAUCAAGGCCAUGCCAGGCAUUGGGAGCAGCAUGCAGACUGAUUGCAAGAACGGACGACCCAUGGAGAUCGAUGUUAUUUUGGGCUUCCCAGUGCGUAAAUCACGAGAGCUGGGAAUAAAGGCCCCACGCUUGGAGAGCCUCUAUGUCAUCCUGCGAGCGAUAGAUGGUCGACUGCGUGCUGCACUGUAG